UUUCUGUGAGUUUCCAAAGCCGGACCCACCCAUCCACCCCACACUCCUUCCGUAGUAGAUUCAAGAAACAAAUUCUCUCAAUUUUGGGCACCUCCCUCACAUCAAAAGUCAAAACCAUCAGCUAUACACGCAUCCCUUUCGCCACCGCCACAACCCACUCCUCCGUCAAUAUGGAAUCGGAGAAAACAAACUUUCAAAGCGUGACGAUAGGAUCAUGUGCAAGACCCUCAUGGUCCAUCCUCUUUCUCCUCUUUACCCUCAUCACCAUCUUCUCCAUUCAGCUCUCCACCACCACUCCCUACCUCUUUCCUCCCAACUGGGCCCUCAUUCGCCCGCAACGAUCCGUCCCUUCCUCCUCCGCAUCGGAUCCGAUCACAUGCUCCGGUUUCUUCAGGGCGCUUCCAAAGAGGAAGCUCGUCAUGUCCAUCAAGGACUUCGGCGGCGUCGGCGACGGCAAAACAUCCAAUACCGAAGCCUUCAGGAGAGCCAUUCGCUACAUGCAGCGCUUUCAACACCGUGGUGGGUCCCAGCUUAAUAUCCCUAACGGAACUUGGCUCACCGCUCCCUUCAAUCUCACCUCUGAUUUCACCCUUUUCUUGAACCAAGGUGCUCUUCUUUUGGCCUCUCAGGACGUAAAAGAAUGGCCUAUAAUUGAGCCGUUGCCAUCUUAUGGAAGAGGAAGAGAGAGGUUAGGAGGAAGACAUAUUAGCCUUAUACAUGGAAAUGGCAUCAAGAAUGUUAUCAUCACAGGAGAUAAUGGGACAGUUGAUGGUCAAGGGAAGAUGUGGUGGGAACUUUGGUGGAACAGAACAUUGGAGCACACAAGAGGCCACCUCCUUGAACUAAUUAACUCCGAUAAUGUUCUCAUAUCAAACCUCACCUUUCGAAAUUCUCCUUUUUGGACCAUUCAUCCUGUUUACUGCAGAAAUGUUGUGAUCAAAGGGAUGACAAUCUUGGCUCCUCUUAAUGCCCCAAAUACCGAUGGCAUAGACCCAGACUCAAGCACCAACGUAUGCAUAGAAGAUAACUACAUAGAAAGUGGAGAUGAUCUAGUAGCCAUCAAGAGUGGUUGGGAUCAAUAUGGAAUCACCAUGGCGCAUCCUAGCACAAAUAUCAUAGUGAGGAGAGUCUCAGGCACAACCCCAACUUGUUCCGGAGUUGGAAUAGGCAGUGAGAUGUCCGGAGGAAUUUCGAAUAUCACAAUUGAGGAUCUACAUGUGUGGGAUUCUGCAGCUGGUGUUCGGGUGAAAUCCGAUAAGGGUAGAGGUGGCUAUAUAUCCAAUGUUAGCAUAACGGAUGAUGGGUGGGAUCCAAAUGCUGUUCCAAUAUUUAAGGACAUCUCUAUAAGCAACAUUGUGAGUGUGAAUUCGACCAAAGCACCGGUUUUAGAAGGUAUAGAGGGGUCAUCAUUUGAAGGCUUAUGCUUCAAGAAUAUCACACUGCAUGGAAUUGCCGCAUCCACAAAAUGGCAUUGUGAAUAUGUAUCUGGUUUUGCCACUAAGGUGUUUCCUGUUCCAUGCCCCGAUUUAAAGAACACUAGCAGUGAUUCAUCAUGGUGUUCACCUUCUUGACAAUGGGUAAAAACCCAACGGUUUUACACAAAUUACUUGAAGAAGUACGAGACUACAAAUGAGCCUUGCUAAUGCAGAAACCAGAAUCUUGGUGGAUAAGUAAAAAUGAGCUAAAUUGAAUUGGGAUUUUGAAUGAAGCUUAAUUUAAUCUGACAUCUUCCUUCCAUGGGUGGCAUGGGCACAAGAUCUGAUCGGUGUUUUUUGAGAUUGGAACGUGCAGGGUACCAAUUUUUAUUGGUAUGUGACCCCUUUUUAGCCAUGGUUGGUGGCUGUUGAACGUGGAGUUAGGCUUUGGGGUGUGACCGAUGAAAUGAGUUUUCUGCUAGUGCUGUUUUUUUUUUUUUUAUAAUUGUUUAUUACUCUUGUACAGGCUGUUUUUUCAUUGGAAAGAGUUCCCACGGUUGACUACACUGAAUGUGUGAAAUUUUUGGAUCAUGGAAAAUCAUUUUUUAAAUAGUAAAAGGUAUACUCAUGAGAAAUUUUAAUAAUGGAGAUGGAACAUGGCUUUAUGUUUCAUGUGUUGGGAUUAGAUCAGAUGACAUGUACUAGCACUACUUUGUAAGGGAGAAACAAUACUGCUAUCUUUCCAAUUUUUAAAUAUGGUUAUUGAGUUUCUCUUCUAUAUUUA